UUCCAAAAAUACAUUAAAUGUAAUAUCGAGGAUAAAGGAAGACCAGUGAGUGUCCAGACAAAAUGCUUCGGCAAGAGGAGAAUUGAGAAAAGGAUUCGAAAUAGAGACCCGAAACGGGACGAGUCCUUCGAUUAAGUAUUGAGGUUGACUGAACUCGCAGGUGGCGGUGAACAGAUGGAACGCAUGGUUUUAUGAGAUAAAUAGAGAGAAGGGCUCGUGAGAUGGAAGGAUUCACCGGUUCAUAGUUCGCAGUCUCCCUCUACUUCAUAGUCGUUGAUGGAUAACCUGUUGGGUCUUCUCAGAAUCCGCGUUAAGCGUGGUGUUAAUCUUGCCGUCCGGGAUGUCCGGAGCAGUGAUCCCUACCUUGUUAUUAAAAUGGGUAAACAGAAACUGAAAACUCGUGUAGUGAAAAAGAAUAUCAAUCCUGAGUGGAAUGAAGAUUUAACUCUUUCUGUGUCAGAUCCCAAACUUCCAGUCAAGCUUACGGUAUAUGACAAGGACACUUUCUCCCUGGAUGACAAAAUGGGACAAGCAGAGCUUGACAUAAGGCCAUUUUUGGAAGCUGUAAAGAUGGACUUGAGAAAUUAUCCAAGUGGUACAGUAAUAACGAGAGAACUACCCAGCAGGCAAAACUGCCUUGCUGAAGAGAGCUGUAUUGUCUGGCAAGAUGGAAAGGUUAUCCAAGAUGUGUGUGUGAGACUGAAAAAUGUGGAAAGAGGUGAAGUGGAACUUCAGUUUCAGUGGAUUAAGCUCCCUGGUUCCAACUCUGAAUAGAAAUCAUGGAUGACUCUCUUCUGCUUGGUUGUCUCUAGUAUAUCUUCAGCUUCCAAGCUUUCAUUACCUGACUCAAAGGAAUUUACCUACAUUUGUUUGUUUUUUCGUGAAUAUGUAAAACACAUUUGCCUUUAGAAAUAUUCACCUCUUAUGUGUUGUUAUGAAUCAUAUAGCUUAGCAAGUAGGAUGGAACUGUUGUGUUUUCUUUCUUGGGUUGAAUGUUCGACUGUUCUUGGUAAAUAGACUGGAACAGUUUUUUUUUCUUUUUCUUUUUUUUUUUUUGGCUGCCUAUUUAUAAUAACUGUUGAAUUGAUGGUGCAUUUCUUAUUCUCUGUUUGAAUA